UUUCACUGUUUUCCCUCUUUAAGAAAGACUUGAAUUCCUGUUUCUGGGUUGACAUAAAAUACACUUUACCAAAAUUCCUUUCUCCUAGCCCAACAAAGUCAAACCAUUUCUCCAUUUUUCCUUCUCUGUGCUCUGUUCUCCAUUACUCCUUCUGGGAAUCAUUCCAGUGUUCAACAAAAACAUGUUCAUCAAAAUUUAAUGAAGAAAAGGAAAGGCAAAAGAAGAAGAAGAAGAUGACGUAUCAUCCUCAUAGCUGCAGAUUCAGCCGCACAAAGCUGCACAUUUUCUCCACCACCAGCCUCGCCGCCGCCAUUGCUUUUGUCAUCUUUUUCUCUGACACCUUCAUCGACACAUCAACCCCAGCUUUUCCCAGCCAGAAGAAUCCUAGAAGAUCCAAGCCGUUGAAUUCGAUCAAAGAGGACUACUUUAUCCACACCCAAGCUUCAGCCCGCCUGGUUCCGCCUUCUAAUCUCACUGCCAGAGAGAGAAUGAAAUGGUUCAAGAACAGCUUCCCUCAAUUUGGGAUCUUCAAGUCAAAUGAGAAGUCAAGAAAGUUCCAUCAAAGGGUCAAAGAGUUUUAUAACAGAAACAGAGAGUGUAAAGUUAGGUUCUUUAUGACAUGGAUAGCCUCUACAGAUUCUUUUGGAACAAGAGAGUUCUUAUCAAUGGAGAGUAUCUUCAAAGCUCAUAAAAAAGAUGGGUGCUUGAUCAUUCUUUCUCAAUCUCUGGAUUCAGAAUAUGGGAAAGCACUUCUUGAUCCCCUGAUUGAAUCAGGAUUUGCAGUAAUUGCGUUAAUGCCCGAUUUACCCUUCCUGCUCAAGAACACUCCAGUUCAAGAUUGGUAUACUGAUCUGAGAAAUGGCAAGAAAGACCCUGGGGAGAUACCCUUUGCUCAGAACCUGUCAAACCUGAUCAGGCUGGCUGUUCUUUACAAAUACGGAGGGGCAUUUCUGGACACGGAUUUCAUAGUGAUGAAGAACUUUUCUGGACUGAGGAACGCCAUUGGGGCGCAAAGCGUGGAUCUUUAUGGGAACUGGACGAGAUUGAACAAUGCAGUGUUGGUUUUUGACAAAGGGCACCCUCUGAUAUACAAGUUCAUGGAGGAAUUUGCCUUGACGUUUGAUGGGAACAAGUGGGGGCAAAAUGGUCCAUAUUUGGUGUCAAGGGUGGUGGAGAGAGUUCAGAGUCAAUACCCUUUCAGAUUUAGGGUUUUGCCUCCAAUGGCUUUUUAUCCUGUGGAUUGGCUUCAUAUUGAUGGGUUCUUUAAGAAACCAAUGGAUGAGAAGCAUGAGAAAUGGAUGGAAGCAAAGAUGGCUCGCUUAAGGGAAGAAGAGACUUAUGGAGUUCAUCUUUGGAAUAGGCAAAGUAGGGGAAAAAGGAUUGAGAAGGGUAGCAUUAUAGGUAGGAUUUUCUCUCAAAAUUGUAUCAUCUGCAAAGGUAUUUAUGAUUCUUAGCUUGAAGAUUAUAUGUAUGUAGUAUAUCAUUUAUUUAUAAAAGAAGCUUGCAAGAGUGUAAUAAUGUGAAUGUAAUUUUGUUUACAAAUCCAUCAUAGUUCAUACAUAUAUAGAGUGUUUCCUAGCUGAUUUUAAGUGUGCAUACAACCAUAGAUUAAAUUAGAAUUUGGGACUGG